AUGGUGUUUGCUCUGGCUUCGCGCACGCUUCGCUCUUCGAGCUACCGCCCCGUUCUCUCGCAGCUUGCCGGUGCCCGCCGUGGUUACGCUGAGGCUGUGAGUGACAAACUGAAGCUGAGCUUCGUUGUCCCCCACUCGGCCAUCUACGAUGGUGUUGAGGUGACGCAGGUGAACGUCCCGGCCGUCUCGGGUGACCUUGGUAUUCUUUCGGCCCACGUCCCGACUGUGGAGCAGAUUCGUCCUGGUGUGCUUGAGGUGAUUGAGUCGAGUGGCACUAGCAAGAAGUUCUUCGUGUCGAGCGGCUUUGCUUCGAUCCACCCUAACAACACUCUCACUGUGAAUGCUGUUGAGGCGUACCCUCUUGACCAGUUCUCGCCCGAGGCUAUCCGCCAGGGUCUGUCGGAGGCCCAGCGCGUUCUCUCGAGCAAUGCUUCGGCGGAGGAGAAGGCUGAGGCUGAGAUUGAAGUCGAGGUGUACACUGCUCUCCAGACCGCUCUGUCGCACAACUAA